AUGCUGAUAAAUGCGUACAUGGAUAUUAAGAGAAAACAUAUAAAUUUCGUGUUUAAAAAUGUGAAUUCCUCGGUAAAAGAUUACAAUUUCAAGAGACCAUACUUUGCGGAAAGGUGCACACUUUCGAAAUUCUCAAACCAUGAAGGCGUUAAGGUAAACAGUAGUAGCCUGUCCUUCAGCACAAAGAUGCAAUUAAGCCAAUUUAAGACGACCAAAUUAGGAAGAAGCGAAUAUGGAAAAGCUAGUGAAAAGAUAAUCCACAUAAUAAAUACCUACUUAAAAGGGGACACAUUGAACAGGGCGAACCCCAUUGAUAACCGCACUUACACACAUAACGUGAUGCGUAACUGUACAGUCAGGGCAAGCGUGAACGCACGCAUGUUCACCACUCAAACCACAACAACGCAGGGAUGUGUAAUUACUCAAGAAAAUGCAAGCAGCAUUAUGAGCUUACGGGCUAAGAACAGAUAUUUCCAAAUUGAAGUGCGGAAAGGCGUACACACAGGGAAAAACCAGAAUGAUGGGAAAAGUUCCCAAGCAACAGGCAGUGUUAGUGCAAGCACCAGUGAAGCCACUUUAGAAAGCAGUAUCGAAGGCACCAACCCAAACGCGCAUUGCGCACAUCAAAAUGAAAACAGUGAUACAAUCAGGACGGCGGAAAAAAGGACCACAAUGGAUCUACGCACCAGCGGAAACGCAGAUUAUAUUCAUAGUGGCACAAACAAUAAGAAAGUCCAAAAGGGAAUUCUAUCCCCUUACACGAGUAAAAUGUCACAAAUAAUUAACAACUUAUUCGAAAAACACCUCCUAUUAAUGAAUUGCCUAAUAGCGGGUACGUUAUAUUUUAUAGCGGACAUAGCUUGUCAAAUGAUGGAAUUACAUAAAAAAGGCAAUGAAUAUGAUUUUUUAAGAACGAUCAGAAUGUCUACUAUUGGGUUAACCCUAGAAGGGCCAAUCAUGACAUGGUGGUAUGGGAAAAUUUUAGCAAAUUUUAUAAAGUCCAAACCGAACACUUUUUUGUACAAAUCUUUUAUACCUACCUUGUUUGAUAAUUUUAUUUUUGGACCUAUCCACUUAACAAUUUUUUUUUUUUAUAAUGGUAUGUUAAAAAAUCAAAGGAAGUCAGAAAUUAUUGACAAAAUUGUGAAUACUGGGAUGAAGGUUUUCUUCAUUUCUUUGAUGACAUGGACACCAUUAACAUUAGUUAAUUUUGUUUUUGUUCCGAGGAUUUAUCAAGCCACGGUGGUUUUUUUCGCAGACUUUUUUUGGGUCAUCUUCCUCUCGUGGUGUGCCAACAAAACUUGA